AUGUCUGAUCAACAUUCACAACACACUCCGCUCAACAAUAAUUUCAACAACAACCGACCAUCCAUUCCAAUCUCUUCGAAUAAUGCCACUGGAAGCAAGCGGGGUGGUGUUCUAAAACACUCUCCACCAACUCCAACAUCAAACUUUCAACAGCAUUUCCCGACGACACCAACUUCUACCACCCUUCGGAAGCCACCUCCAUCUCCCAUUCAGACACCUUCUUCCUCUGGAAACAACAUGUUCAAUUUUCAACCUCCCAGUAACACCUUUGUUGGUAAUGGUGGAGUAAUUGCUCCGAAUAGAGGUGCAACAACAACAACAACCUUGAACACAUCCUCGGCCCAAAAUGUUUCAAUUUCGUCUCGUUUGAGCUAUGCAUCCAUUGUCACCAAUAGUAGUACCAGUAGUAGUAAUAGUAGCAACAGUAUUGCGAAUGUCAUGAACAGCAGUAGUGGAGCAAUUUUGAGAGAGGAUGAUCUUGACGAUUCAAGCUCUCUCUAUUCCAAGUUUUCUCAUAAUCUCAAUAGUAAUGGUCAUCAACAACCUCCUCAACAACCUUCCUCAUUGAAAGAGUACUCUUCCGAAUUCACACCUCUCAAACAAAAGAGUUCGUCCAAUGCAAUGGUGGCCACCAAUUUGGACAAUAAAUUGGAAGUGUCACCACCACCGCCAUUGGCACUACAGACAAAUGCCUCAAACCCUCUUUCAAACACACCAACAGGAGAGCGAAAGAAAAAACUAAGAAAAAGUGGAUCAACAUCGUCAGCCUUGUCCACACUUUUAUCGCCAAAUGCAACAACGAAUAUUGGAAUCAAUAUUCACAACAAUACUGCAAACCCUUCAUUGAACAAUGAUUUACAACACAAAAAAAAGAACUCUAUUGCAGAUGUUGAUUCCAAUGACGAGGAGGAGGACGAGUUCAUUACAGUGGAGUCUCCUACAUUUGCUCUUGCUCCCUCAGUUGUUAAGAAACACAAAAUGAAGCAGCAAAAAUCGGGUGGAGGCUCCCCUCAUGAGCAAAAUACUUUGGAGAUUACGAACGAUUUAUUAACCUCUAUUGAACAAUCCAUGGAAGAUCUUCUUGAUAGUGACAACGUGGAAUAUAAUUUUCCUGGACAUAUUUAUGGAGGAGGUAUUGGAUCUGACGGAGAAACUUCCACUCCUGUUACUACAACCCAACAGCCAACACAUAAUCUUCCUCCAUUCAUGUUUUCCUCCACUAAUAGCAAUAACUCAAUGAGAUCAGGCCCAUUUCAUUCAACCUUAGAUCUCAACAUUCCAUACAUUUACACAACAAGCGAGGAAGAGAUUGAGAUUUCUACAAAUGGUUCAAUUUCAACAAACACAACAAGCACCUCGUUGGAGGAGUUUCAAAGUGGAAUUAUUGGCUCAAUCACUCCAACCACCAUUAUUCAGUCUCCGAAUAACAAAAAUGCAACUCCUUACACUAACAACCAAGCUAGAGCCGAGUCUAAUAGAGGUGAGAAUCAGUCAACACCUCCAACAUCACCUGGAUCUCCAUUAGAGAAUAAGACCUUUGCUGCUGUCAACAAGGAACGUACAGGAGUUCAUGCAUCACCAACAAGUAAGGCCUUACCGAAGGUUAAAUCAAAAGCCGUUCUGGAGUAUGAAGACGAUGUCACAUCUGAUUCAUCUAACUCCUCAACAGAUGAAGAAUUGUUUUCUCAAGAGAGAACAAACAGUAAUGGUAGCAAUAGUAUCGACUACUCUCAAUGUUCAACAUUGCAUGAUAUGAAUGAAAUAUUCGAAAAAACUCUUGAAGAAUAUGAGAGAGACAAGAAGUUGACAUCUGAGGCACAAUUUUUCAUUGCAAACGCUCCAAGUUUUCAAUCUCUACUGUUUGCAUUGAAAAAAUUGAAAGAACAAUCUCUUCUACAUCAUGAAAAUUCUUCAAAGAUCCGAUCCAACAUUUUUCAAUCCUUGAAGAGGAAAAUCAAGGAAUUGAAUAACAAAUAUCAAAUGCAAAGCAUUGGAGUUAGCUCAAGCAGUAAUUCUAGGAAGGAAUUGGAUACAGUGUUUGAUAUUUGCAACUUCUUACUCAAUGAAGACAUUAUCUACAGCAUGAUUCAAUCCCCUAUUCUAUCAGAUAUUAAUUCGGAAAAAGAUUUGGAAAAUAUGGUCACACUUUUAGAGAAUAUUCAAUCCAAAAUGAACAUUUCCUUCAACAACUCAGUACAAGGGUACUUUAGGUUGUUUGAUGGAACAAAGAAAUGGCUCAUUCAUGUAUUCACACACAACUUGAGAAUAGUAUUGGAUUUUCAAUCUCCAGGAACUUCUUCUUCGAAUCAAGCAAGAAGAUCUUCAACAUCACUCCUUUCUCUACUUCAGAGCCAACAAAAUACCAUUUCUCUUGAGAAAUUCAUGAGAUUUUUGGAUAGACUUGUAAGGUUAAACUUUUUGAACGAAUACUCUCAUGUAUUGCUUGAUGAGCUAAUGUUGACACCAUUUUUCGUUUCCUUAACUUCUUUCGACUUUAUAGAGCACAUGGGUAAAUUCAGUGGUAGUCAGUUUUCCAACAAGUUGAGAUCCUAUAUCAUUGACAAAUGUUGUCAACUAAUAUCUCAAACGGCAACAAGCAAAGACGCCAGCCUUCUUUUUGAGCUCAUCGAAUCAAAAAUUGAGGAUGCAACAGUACGCUAUGUCUAUCUCAAGACCUUACUAUUUGCAGCCAACAUCCAACACAGUUAUGAGAGCAUUGUGAAAAAUCCAUUGUGCUAUUAUUAUUUCAAAUUUGCCAAGGUCAGUCAAAAGAUCGCUGAUGAAAAUUAUGUAAAAAUAGAGAAAGAAGUAUCGGACUUGAUGGAUAUUUAUUUCAAACUAGUUUUUCAACUUUUAGACAAAACAUGUACCAUUUCUACUUUGAAUAUGGUUCUAAAACACGAGGCUCAGUUCGUUAAGCUGAUUUAUGUUAUGGGAGAUGUUGGUUUUAACGAAGGCCACCUAAAGCAGCUUCGACAAGAGCUAGUCUCAUUUAAAACAACUCUAGACGCGGUUCAAAAUUUCUUGACCAUGUUUGCCGAUGAUCCUAACUUCUUUGAUACAAAUACCGUGCUCGACACUAUUAUCAAAAUUCGUAGAAAUAUGACAGAAAUGGUUUUCAAAAAGGUUCAAAAGCAAGUAUCAGAUCUAAUUCCAUUCAGCUUUGAGGAUUUGGCCUUCUUUUACGAACUUCGAACAUCAGAAUUCUUUUUGGUGCUAUGGAGGGAUCUCUACUCAAAAAACAACGAUGAAAAACAUAGCAUCGACUCCAUCAAGACCAAAUUAAUACCCGCCGUCAGAAAGAGAUGGGCAGACUAUUAUGCUUCUCUCGAUACCCUUUCCAUGAAGUUAAGCGAGUUUUACAACAUUCUAAGAAAAUGUAGAUAUGACACUAAGCUUGACAACAUUUUUUCAGGAGCGAGCAGUCUCUAUGAAGAAGAGUUGCUUAGAGUGAGAAUGACCUUCAGUGGAAAAGCUUCAGACAGAAAGCCUUCUCGAGAAGAUCUUGAAUGGGUUUCGAAAAGGCACAAUAUCAUUAGAAGCUAUGAGAGCAUUAAUUUAUACAGAUCAUAUUUACCAUCAUUAAUUGCUCUUGUAGAACAUUUUGAGCCUUAUUUUUCUGUGGAUUUGAAAAAGGAUCUAGAUUACAUCCAACUCAAAAAAGAAGCAACCAUUUUGAACAGCCAAAGCCUAUGGGAAGAACAAACAUUAUCCAUGUUUGAAAACCAAAGAACAAGUCUUGAUUCGUUGUCUUUUGCCAAAUUCUUCAAGAAUUUUUCUGAUAAUCAAAUGUCAUUCAUGAAGUUAUUGAGUGACAACAGUGGAUUUUCCAUAAUUGAUUGGCUCGCUAACUACAAAUCAAACCUUGAAUUUGAUAACUUGCUAGAGGUGUGCAAGAGUUACACCGAUUCUGUUAAGGUUCUCCAAUCUUUGAAAUCUUUGGUUGUUAUUAGAGACGUUGUCUCAGAGCUACUUUAUGGCUCCGUAGAGGCUACUUCUGUGACAUUUACUGGCUUCACACAGUUCCAUAGUGUGCUGACGAAACUUCCUAUCGGCAGCGACGAAUUAGUACAAUUGACAAAUCUCAAAAAGAACUUUACACUCCUUCUUGAGAUGUUUGAAGAAAGAACACGAAGUGGGGGAGUUCAAGCCCUUUAUGAUCUUGCUGCCAUACUUGAAAGAGGCAUCUUUGAAUUCAGCCUUGCUGGACAACAUGUAAUCAGUUGUAAGGUUGUUCCUUCCUCAAGCAUAUCAUCCUCAUCACCAAGUAGAAGAAUGAGCAAUCAGCAUCAAAUCAUUAGCAUGGAAGGCCUGGUUGAGUUGAGAAACAAAUUGAUGUUGAGCGAGAUACCAGACAACAUUAACAGCUUGGAUGAUGUACAUUCAAAGAUCAAAUUAUACGUGAGCUACAUUACAUUAAUGAUUGAAUUAAGGUCAUCCCUGCUCGAGUUGUCUCGAUCUGCUCAUUUCGAUUUUCAGGAUAAUUACUUUAAAACGAUCAAGGCUUCAGAAUGCACUUUUGAGGUCAUACAAGACUAUCAUUCACAGGUUCUCCAAAAGAUGACAGAAUGGAAAAAAAUUGUUGAAGAUUCUCGAAACAAAUACUAUUUCAUUAAUUUAUUCAGAGCGAAAGAGUCUCUACAUAUCUUUAAUUUGCUAACUAGGUACAAGGAAGAAACCAAGAAUGAUAUAUUACGAGAAUUAUUGGACAUUCUUCAACUGGGCGAUCAUAACUUGACUGUCAAUGAGAUUGAAGCUUGUAUGAACGGCAUGCAGGAUGUUACUUUCUCCAAAGAGAUGUCUGUAGCCGCAAAGAUGGAAAAAUUGUGUUUAUUCAUUGAAGCUCUAUUCAGAAAUAGGAAUAUCAAUUAUAGAAAAUCAGAUUAUACUAUUCCCUCAGCAAUAACAUCCAAGUACUCCGUUGCCAACUUUGGAGGAUUCUUCAGAAUCAUCAAGCUAAGCAAGGAAAAAGAGGUCAUGGAUGCAAUCAUGACCAUUUAUUCUGCACAAAACAGGCUUCCUUUAAGUGAAGAAGUAUUACUAUGCAACUCUCACGAAACAGAUAUUGAAGACAUUUAUCUCAUUCUGAAUCGGUGGUUCAAGUCAAGCGCCAAUGGAAAACUUAAUCACAUAUUUUGUAUUGGGAAUAUUCACGAGUUACCAUUUUCUGUUCAAUCGAAAAUGCUGUUACGUAUCCAAGAACAAAUUUCGACCAUGGCUAAAGCAUCAAACAAUCAUGCCAAACUGGUACUACUCAGUGGAGCAGACAGUAAUUCCAGACUCUUGGUAGAAUUUUCGCAAUAUGUAGAUUCAAAUUUCAAAUUACUUCCUCACAAGUACAUAUCAGCGAUUCUCAAGUCAUAUCAUGGUAAUCAUGUGAAAUAUGUAUUCUCAAAUCGUACUGCAGCCGGAAAAACUCGCUACAUACUUAAAGAUAUUUACACGAAUAAGAAGAAGUAUAAGAGAAUUACUGUGCUUGAAGACUCGACAAUCAGGGACACAGUAUUUACUCUUAAAAGAACAGUAGAAAAUAUGGAUAGAAAAGACAUUGCUUUUCACUUUUCUUUAUGCCCACUUGUUCCAAAGCACUUUAACUCUUUGUUUUUUGAACUUUUUUAUUUGGGUAGAGUUAGAGAUCAUGACACAGCUACCAUUUUCCAUUUGACACCUUCUACUCAAUUCUACAUUGAGAUACCUAACAGUCUUUGUGUUCCUAUUUUGAAUGAAUUUAUAUAUUUCUGUGCAUUUUUACCUUCACUAGACAUUACUACUGACGAAAAUAGUUUGGAUUUCACAAGCUAUGAGCUGGCUAAUGGAAUGAAUGAUACCAUAGAAAUUAUUGCUAGAGAUAACUCAAAGAAAGUGCAGUUUGUCUGCAAAUUUUUAAAAGCAUUUGAGGAAAAUAUUUUCAAAUAUGCUGCCCCUCAUAUUGCCGAUUUUUCUCCUGAUAAGCAAGCUGAUCUUGACAACAGAAAAUGUUUUAAACUUCUUUGCAAAUAUACUGGAUUCAAUUAUGAGAACGCCUCAUUCUCUGUGAUCAAUCACUUUGUUGAAUUGCUUUAUGGACAAUUUCAGUCUACUCUUAGAUAUGCAUGUUUCAAAAAUUGUGUCAUGGAAGGAACCAUGCAACUUUUUAAACAUGCAAUGAUUGACUUAAUGAUUAGGUCUGCAAGAGAUUUGACAGGCAUCGCAGUUGAAAAAGAUACAAUCCUGACUAUGGCUAAGAAAUACGAAGGUAAACCGUAUACCGAGGUUCUGUUACUACAAUAUAUUGAAAUGUUCGAAAACCGAAUAGGACGUUGGGAAGAACAAUCUGCUCAACAUCCACUAAUUGUAUUCUAUAGGACCGAAAUGGAUGAAAUUACAGGUAUCGAUCUCAUAGGAAUUGAUACAGAUAAAUUGGAACUAAAUGAAGAGUUGAAAUACUCACUGGUUUGCAAUGGAAUCAACUUGGACGCUCCUAGAGCACUUUCACACGAAAGAGCUCAAGAAAUUAUUAGAAAUGUAGCAGGACUUGGAAAAGAGGAUCGAAACGAGAAAGUUAGAAACAACUAUGUAUUAACAGUUGACAAUUUGAGCAAGGUGCUUGUUAUUUACAACAAACUCAAAUACAGUUUACCAACCAUUUUGUAUGGUGACAAUGGAGUUGGAAAAUCAGAGCUGACCAAAUAUUUAAGCUCUGUUUUGGGCAUCAAGCUGAAACGUUUCGUUGUUAAUGAAGGCCACAGUAGCUUAGACAUUUUGAACUGGAUUAACCCACUCAUCAGAGAGGCCAAACAUAACCCUUCCAAGGAUGUGAUUGCAUUUUUCGAUAGAGUGAAUACAGCAAACAAUGUCGGAUUGUUCAAGGAGCUGAUAUGUGACCGAGUUAUCAAUAACCAGGUACUUCCAAAAAAUCUCAAAAUUGUUGCUUCUUGUAAUCCAUACCGUCUGAGAAGAUAUGCAGGAACUGAUGUAGAACAACCUUCUUCUCAAAAGCUUGAUAUCCUUAAAGAAAAUUUAAGAAAUCUUCAAAAGACUACUGGGCUAGAUAUUCAAGCCUUUGCUCAAUGCCUUGUUUACAAGGUUUAUCCUCUUCCAGUCUCUUUACUGGAUUCAGUUUUUAGCUUUGGGUCACUUAAAAGUGACAUUGAGCAGUUGUACAUUCGUGCUAUAUUACUAAUGGAAAUUAAUCAGGAAGACAAUACUAGGUCGGCAAGAUUCUUUGAUUGCUUUACAGAGCUGAUUUUCAUUUCACAAAACUUUAUAAGAAAGGUAUACAUGGAGCGCAGCGCUGUAAACUUGAGGGAUGUGAAAAGAUGCAUUAAUUUGUUUAAGAGCUUUUAUCAAUCUCUUGCAAAGAGAAACUCCUUGGAUUCAGAAUUUUAUUUAGACGAGUCAAAUUUCAUUAUUAAGAACUCCAUACUACUUGCUCUGGGUAGUUGUUACUAUUACCGACUUACUGCUCGUAGGGAAGAUUUCGUGAUAGAAAUUGAAGACUAUCUCCUUUCUUCAAACAAAUCUAGUACAUAUUUAUCCUAUCAAAAAGGCGAUUUUAUCAACACACUCAAUGAGGAACAGCGUUUUUAUACAAUGCAUUUAAAUAUUCCAAAAGGUGUAGCUCUGAAUCAAGCUUUAAGAGAAAACAUUUUCAUGACACUUGUUUGCGUCUUGAAUAGAAUUCCAAUUUUCAUCAACGGAAAAAGUGGAAGCUCCAAGUCAUUGUCCUUAGAAAUUCUAUCUUCAAACUUGAAUGGAAGUGCGAGUGUGAAUGCGUUUUUAAGAUCUCUCCCAUCUCUUGAAAUAUUCACCUAUCAAUGUUCGCAAAUGUCAACACCUGAAGAUGUUAAGAGCUGCUUUGAAUCAGCAAGAAGAUAUCAGAAAAAUUCUCCCAACUCCAUUGCUGUGGUUCUUUUGAACGAGGUUGGACUCUUAGAACAUUCACCCUCUCAUCCAUUGAAGGUGGUGAACAAGGAACUUGAUGAGGAAAGCUCAACUUAUGCUCCCUCUGUUAUUGGGCUUUCGAAUUGGACGUUAGAUCCAAAUCUCAUUAACAGAGCAGUUUAUUUGUCAAGACCAGCUCCCUCCACUUUCGAGUUGAAAACAACGCUUUCUGGCAUUGUCAACUCUGUACAUUUGGAUAGUAGCUUAUUUUCGUUAGCUAAGGCUUUCCAUGAUGUUUACAACAGCCAACAAAGAAAAGACUUCUUUGGAUUAAGAGACUUUUAUCACUGUGUGAAAUUCAUCAACCGGAAUUUUGAUUUAGGUGCUUUGACACCAGAACUUUUAACUGAUGCUUUAGCUCGUAAUUUUGGUGGCUCCAGUAAUGAAGAAUUUCACACCAUCCUUAAUAUUUUCUUUUCAUGUGUGGGAAUGAAUAUCGUUCCGAAUAGAAAGUCAAAAUUGGAGUACAUCUCAGAAAAUUUGACAGACACAAAAGCACGACACCUCAUGCUCCUUACCAAGAAUAAUGCUGCUCUUUCCGUAUUAUUUUCUGAUUUUGGACAAAUAAUGUCAUACUCCAAUUCUGAGGUCAUAUUCGGCUCAUCAAACUUCCAAAAUUGCGCUAAAGAACUCCAGAUAUGUAUGGAUAUUCAACUAAUUAAGCAGUGUAUGGCCAUUGGAAAAAUUGUUGUACUGGUGAAUUGUGAACAACUCUAUGAGAGCUUGUACGAUUUAUUUAAUUUACAGUAUAUAGAAUAUGAUGAGAAUCGCGUUGUUGCAAUCUCCUUAGGAACUUACAGCAGAAUUUGCUCGGUUCACAAAAACUUCAGAGUCAUUGUAAUUGUAGAUCAGGAUGAUGCAUAUACACGAUUACCAAAACCACUUCUCAAUCGAUUUGAAAAGCAAACACUUCACAGAGAGGAUUUAUUCGACAAGUACUCCUCAGCCAACUUGCGAGCAGUUUUAUCAAAACUUCAGAGUUGGGUAAAAUCAACCUUUGAUGAAGAUGAAAGACCAUUUGUUAACACUCACAAAUCUCUACUCCAUUCUUUGGUAUUGUCAUUGGACUCGAAACAAACAGAAGACACAACGUUGCAUGACUUUCUCCUAAGUCAAUGCAAGAAUUUAUUGCUGUGGAUCACCACAACUGAUGCCAUAAUUAGAAUGUCUUCAAAGAAUUUAAGAAAUAAGGAGUAUGCUAGAAUGUAUUUCGAACAGCAAGAGCAUAGAGAUCUCUUUAAAUUUUCUCAGUACUUGUUUGAAGCAAUGCAGUCACAACAAAAAAGCGGCUUAUCGAAUCCUCUGAUUUUUAAUGGAUACUUCCAAGUCUGUGUACUGACUUAUUCGUCAGUUUCUAUGGACUGCAGCUCUCUGAUCAGCACUGAUCGAGUUGAAUAUGUAGAGACCUUGAGUUUGAGCGACUUAAAAAUCAGAUAUUGGAUUAUCAGAAAAACUGAAACAAUACUUUGA